AUGUUCAGAUAUCUGCCUAGAGCUGCUAGAUCUACCGCGGUGGGAUCAGCAUCCGUACGCGCAACUGCCCGAGGGAGGUACUUCACCUCGAGCGCAGCUUCUUCAAGACAGAGGACAAGUCUAGUUCUAGCCGCAGCAGCAGCAGCAGGAAUCGCAAUAACCUACAAAACAUUCUUCAUCCCAUCCAUCAAAGCAGACGAAGGUACAGACAAGUAUCCGGGUACGAAGCAACCUUCAGGUCAGAAACUGAUAAGUUUCGAGGAAGUACAGAAACACACCAAGCAUGAUGAUUGUUGGGUCAUAAUCGAUGGCAAUGUAUACGACGUGACUGAUUUUCUAGAACAACAUCCAGGAGGAGCUGAGAUUAUCUUGGCUAACGCAGGUAAAGAUGCAACCAAAAUAUUCAAACCCCUUCAUCCACCCGACGCACUCGACACUCUCGCACCAUCUCAACACCUAGGUCCUGUGGAUCCCCUCUCGAUGCCCGAACCCACCGAAGAAGAACCUACAGAAGAGGAAUUAAGGAUAGAAGAAGCUCGAAAGAAGUUACCUCCGGUAGAUUCGAUGUUGUUGGUUAAUGAUUUCGAAGAUUGGGCGGAGCAAAUCUUGUCAGGGACAGCUUGGAAUUACUAUAAGUCUGCGGCCGAUCGAGAAAUUACCGCAGCCGAAAAUCAAGAUGCAUUCCGACGAUACUACUUCCGACCCCGAAUGCUCCGCGAUGCCACGCACGGAUCGCUCAACACCGAGUUUGUAGGGAUGCAGACUGCUUUACCUAUAUUCAUAUCUCCGGCCGCCAUGGCGAAGCUGGGUCAUCCUCUCGGUGAAGUGAAUUUGACUAAAGGUGCUGGUAAAUGUGGGAUCGUACAGGGUAUCUCCAUCAACGCCUCUUGCUCUCUUGACGAGAUCAUGUCAGCGCGCGAGCAAAACCAACAAGUCAUGUUCCAAAUUUACCUCAACAAAGAUCGAAAGGCUUCCGAAGCGUUACUGAAGAAAGUCACGGAAUUAGGUGCUUCAGCAGUGAUAUUUACGGUGGAUGCCGCAUGGAGAUCUAAGAGAACCAGAGAUGUUCGAGCAAAGGCAGCCGUAGCUCCUCCACCUUCUUCGAAAGAUCAAAGUAAAUCAAAGGCUCCACUGGGUGUUAGUCAGGCGAUAUCGGGUUAUCAGGAUACGAAUCUGACAUGGAAUGAUCUCGAUUUCAUAAGGAAAAACACAAAUCUCCCGAUUAUCGUCAAAGGUAUUCAAAGUGUGGAAGAUGCCGAAUUAUGCGUUCAACAUGGUGUACAGGGUAUAAUAUUAUCUAAUCACGGUGGGAGACAAUGUGAUUUCGCUCCCGCACCUAUAGACCUGCUGUACGAAAUGCGAAUCAACAAACCUGAACUAUUCGACAAGAUAGACGUGAUGAUGGAUGGAGGUGUCCGAUCAGGUGCAGACGUAGUGAAAGCCCUAGCACUCGGUGCGAAAGCCGUAGGGCUGGGAAGAAGCUUCUUGUACGCUAAUGGUACACACGGUGAAGAUGGAGUAGUGAGAUUAUGUCAGAUCCUGGCUGAGGAAAUCACCAACACGAUGCGUAAUAUCGGUGCCAACGACAUAUCAGAUUUGAAACCUGAACUGGUAGGACCGGCUGGUCCUUGGGUUUAUGGGAAUGCUCCUCCAUGGGCAGGGAAGAGUAAGGCAUAG